UUCGACAAGAAUUCAAGAGAUUCAAGAAAUUCAUGUAUCUUUAAGAUAUAUUACAUUAUUCUUAAGUCCAUCCUAAACAAACAUAUGUUUUUUGCCAUUCGCCAGUAUAAACAAUAAACUCAUCACUAACUUUGUGCUUUCAAUAUGAGCUUUCUCAGGGAACCUAUUUCAUUAGUAAACAAUUAAAACAAAUUAUAAAACAAUUGCCCGUAAAGUCAGAAAUAUUAUUUGGAAACAGUUCUAUAAUGACCUCAAAAUCCAAAGUAUUUGCUAUCGGAACUGAAUCCUGUGCAAUUAUAGAAGAAACUCCGAUUCGCAAGAGCAAGAAGGCGUAUUUUGAAGACCACUUGGAGCACCAUUUGGAGCAGCACCUGCAGAAACUUCUACUGGAUGGUGCCAGACCACUAACCACCGUUUAUUUAGAUAAAUCAGUUGAAACCUUUUCUGCCAAGGACAUAAAGAAAAACGGACGAUAUUAUUACGAGUUUGGUCCGGGCGAUAAGAUAAAUGGCUGGAUGAUAAAUGGGCCUGCCUUUGAGCCCAAAGGUAUAUUGAGUCGUGUCAAGGAGAAGAUCAGCAAGGACCAUUGGGUCACCGAUAAUGUGGCAAGAUAUAGUAAAGAUUCCAGAGAUUUUAUACUUCAAACGGUUUCCAAAUCCUUAGAUGAGGAGAGUGCUGACAUAUAUCAGUAUUUGUCCUAUCUGAAUGAUAAUUGUAAUAACACUUAAUCAAAAUAUCGUACUAGAUCCACCCUAAUUUAAAAAAACAGCUGCUAAAUACCAUUCACCCAAAGUUAUCAACAAAAAAGUGCCAUCGCUAAUGUUGAGCUUUUGAAUCAUUUCAUUUGUAAAUAAAUACAAGCUAUAAAUACAGCAAAA